AUGGACCUCAACAUUUGGUGCAACACCUACACCUGUGUGAAAAUUGGGUGUGAGAAGAUGGUCUCCCUCAAUGCAUUGGCAAUUACUAGGGAUCAAUCUAAGGUUAAUGUGCCAAAUAGGUGGGGAAUGUUGUGGAGAAAACUAAAGAAAGAGAAGAAGAGCUUGCUGUUUGAUUUUUCAACCCGUGCUCAGCAAAUGCAUGUUCCUUAUGGAGAAAACAUAUGCAUUUGCAGAAAAUGGGUGCAGUUUGCAGGCCUGUAG